GUCGGACACACUGAGAGACCCAAAACCCGCUGCUUUGAAUGGACCAUCAACCUCCGCCGUGCCCCCAAGACGACACCACCAGGGCCUCCACGCGCCACCCCGUCUACCGCGGUGUCCGCAAGCGCCGCUGGGGCAAAUGGGUCUCCGAAAUUCGGGAGCCGCGGAAGAAGUCGCGGAUAUGGUUGGGGUCGUUUCCGGUGCCGGAGAUGGCGGCGCGAGCCUACGACGUGGCGGCCUUCUGCCUCAAGGGCCGGAAGGCGCAGCUCAACUUUCCCGACGAGGUGGAGUCCCUGCCGCUUCCGCCCACGCGCACGCCCAGGGACAUCCAGGCGGCGGCGGCGAAGGCGGCGCGCACCAUCAAAGCCUCGCGCGACGAGAAGGGCGGCAUUGCCUCGGACGACGAUUUUUGGGGCCAGAUUGAGUUGCCGGAGCUCAUGGACGGCGAGCUCGAGUGUUGCUGGAUUUCUCCCGGCGGAUCAUCGUGGACUUCCUCCGGCGACUUCUCCGCGUGGCCGGAGCUGGAGCUUUUGCCGCCGUUCAUGGCGUGUUUAUAAUCUAUUUCUCUAUUAAUGCUGCUCAGUGGUUGGUACUAAGUUUCUUAUGUAUUAUAUGUUAUAUCGCCAACUCUUCCUGUUGUCAUAACUCAUAAGUAAUAAUAAUAAUAAUCAUCAGUACCAAACUUAUCUUUUUCUUACCA